GAAGAUUAACGUUUUUUGUUGACGUGUUAUUUUUUGUUAUAAAUUAAAUGAUUCAUGUAUUUGUAAUGAACUUGUGAAUUAUACAAAACAUAUGUGCCAGUGAAUAAAGAAAAUUGUAAAGGUAAAGAUAUCAACAUUGUAAGAAGACUUAUAAUUAUCUGUACAUAGUGAUAUUGAUCAUAAAUCAGUAACGAAAAUAUGCCAGAAGAAGGAAAAAGGGCAUUAAUUUUGGUUGGAGGUUAUGGUACCAGAUUGAGACCUCUAACUUUGAGUAGACCCAAACCUCUUGUAGAAUUUGCAAAUAAACCCAUUCUGCUUCAUCAAAUAGAAGCUCUUGUAGAUGCCGGAGUUACUGAAGUUAUAUUAGCAGUGUCAUAUCGUGCUAAACAAAUGGAAGAGGAAUUGACGGUGGAAGCCACAAAAUUGGGUAUUAGUAUAAUAUUUUCCCAUGAAACAGAACCUUUAGGUACAGCAGGACCAAUUGCAUUAGCCAGAGAACACCUUUCCAAAAGCACUAAACCAUUCUUUGUGCUAAAUUCAGAUAUUAUUUGCGAUUUCCCAUUUAAAGCAUUGGCUGAAUUCCAUAAAAAUCAUGGAAAAGAAGGUACAAUAGUGGUUACUAAAGUGGAAGAACCAUCAAAAUAUGGUGUAGUAGUAUAUGACAAAGACAACAGCAUCCAAAGUUUUGUAGAAAAACCUCAAGAAUUUAUUUCUAAUAAAAUUAAUGCUGGUUUGUACAUUUUAAAUCCAAGUGUCAUUAACAGGAUAGAAUUAAAACCAACUUCUAUCGAGAAAGAAGUAUUUCCUUACAUGGCUGCUGAUAAACAAUUGUAUGCCUUUGAAUUGGAAGGUUUUUGGAUGGAUGUUGGUCAACCAAAAGAUUUUCUAACUGGAAUGUGUUUAUAUCUGAAACAUUUAAGGCAAACAAAUGACGAAAAACUUUAUAACGGACCAGGUGCUGUUGGCAAUGUCUUAGUAGAUCCUACUGCUAAAAUUGGAAACAAUUGUCAAAUUGGGCCUAAUGUUACAAUAGGACCAGGUGUUGUUAUAGAAGAUGGAGUAUGUAUAAAACGAUCUACAAUACUUAAAGAUGCUACGAUUAGCUCAAAUUCUUGGUUAGAAAGCUGUAUUGUUGGAUGGAAGUGUUGUGUUGGAAGAUGGGUAAGAAUGGAGGGUUCCACAGUACUAGGAGAAGAUGUUAUAGUUAAAGAUGAAACAUACAUUAAUGGAGGUCAAGUGUUACCUCAUAAAAAUAUUGCUACUUCCGUUCCAGAACCUCAGAUUAUCAUGUGAGGCUAAAAUAUUAUUUACAAUAUAAUUUUUAUAUCUUGAAAGUCUAUACCCAAUGAACUUUUGUAUUUUUAAUACACAACUAAAUAAAAUAUGUACAUAAAUG